AUGGCUCCUCAUCUGUCUGACACGCCAGCUGAAGCCUCAGCGAGCGCCGAUGAUGGAUCCGCAGGCGGCAGUUGCUGGGUCAAGCCGGGCUGCAUGAUGGAGCUCGCCAGGCUCGCGAAGAUCCCGCAGCCGGCGUCGGGGCUCAUGUGCCCGCGCUGCCGGUCCACCGAGACCAAGUUCUGCUACUACAACAACUACUCCCUCUCGCAGCCGCGGCACUUCUGCAAGACCUGCCGGCGGUACUGGACGCACGGCGGCGCGCUCCGGGACCUCCCCUUCUCCAGCAGCGUCCGCCGGCGCCGCCGCAACAAGCCGUCGAAUAAUAAGCAGACCUCAUCAAAGGUGGCCUGCUGCGGCGCUUUUUCCGGUAGUACAGGCAUGUCGCCGUCGUCAUCCCCAUCCUCAGGUGCCACCAUUUUUAGCGGUAGAGUGGCAACGGCGGCCACGGCCAUCCUGAAGCCGCUGGAGCAGCUGCUAAUAGGAGGUGCCGAACACCACAGAGCUGGCGCGUCGAGGCUAUGGUUUCCCGGGCACAGCUCACAGGAUCCCGUUCCCUUGGGCUAUCGCCAUCAGCUCGGCAAUAGCAGAGGCGCCGCCACCACCAUCAGGCUAGAGCACCAGCGCUACCUUCCGCAGAGGCAGCCGUUCUCUCUCUUGGGCUACAAAAAUGGCGGCACCGCACCUGCUACGUCUGCCAUUUGCCCGUUCAGUGAAGGAGCACGCGGCGCCGAGGCUGCUAGCUUCGCUGGACAGAUGCACGCAGCCAUCUCCAGGGCGCGCGGCUCGGCAGCGGUGACGACCACGGAACUGGCGUCAGAGAUGAUGGCGGGGAACCCACCAAUACCUUCAACGGAGAUGGGGACAUUGGCAAGCUCACCGGGAGAGUUCCUGGUGGGUGUGCAAGGAGACCACGACCUCUUCCAUUUCUUGGGUAGCGGCAGCUGGGCAUGUGGCUAUGGAAGCACUGCAGGCAACAACGGCAGCGGUGGAGGAAGCAGCUGCACGGCCGCUCCGGGCAGCGCCUGGCCGGACCCGUCAGGUUUCACCUCGUCGUCUUCUGGUAGGAGUACUAUACUGUGA